AUGUCAGCGAGACCGAAGACGGCGAAGAAGGACGGCAGCGGCAGUGUCAGCGCCGGCAACGGCAACAGCGCAGCCGACGGUAUCAAGAAGGUUGUCACGCGCGUCUCCCGCGCCUGCGAUCAAUGCCGCAAGCAAAAAAUGCGAUGUCAGAAUGCAGACGAUCCGCCAUGCGUGCGCUGUAAAUCUGCUAACAUUCCGUGUACUUUCGAAAAGCCAGCGAGGGAUUCAACGGCUAUCGGCGAAGCUGGUCUGGAGCGCAUAAGAAGUCUUGAAAUGCAAGUUUCGUCAAUGAGUUCUAAUUUGUUCGAACUCGUCGGCUUUUUCCGGUCUACGAACAAGGCACAACCACAAUCAUUGGAUAAUUCCCCAUUCGGAUCUGCUCAAGCUUCAGCUUCUCAGCCACAGUUACAUCAUCUGGCUGCUCCCGCUGAGCAAUUCCCCCUGAAACGCCCUGUGGAGGAUUCUACGGGGAUGAGACACACUCCCCAAGGCACACAUUUUUUAGAUUCAUCACAACAUCACCCACAUCCAGUUCCUGGCGCAUUUCCAUCUUCCCAUCAUUCACGACCCUUCCAUGCCUUUGCAUCGCCUAGAAAUUCGAAGCGACAGUACUUUCAUUCUACAGUCACAUCGGCUGCUUCGUCAGACGAUGAGGAAGAACUCCCGUCUUCAGCUCUGGUUGCUCCCAUAGAAGUGCUUAGAGGGCUUGCUGAUGCUGCUGCUGAACGACACGCUACAGAAGCUAUAGAGGCUAAAGAACAAGCCUUGCUUAGGGCUAAUGCGAGUGCUUCUGAUGAUCAACCACAAUCAAAACUCCCGCAUCACUCAUUCACACAACCGUCCGACUCAUUCCUACCUUCAAAGCGGAAAGAUAUGGCUGAUAACCCACUGUCGACUGGACGCAACAAGCGAAAAAAAAAAUGUGACCCACCACAUGCCUACGCAGAUGUUGUCACUAAGGGUGUAGUUUCAGAUCAGACCGCGAGAGAGCUUUUCAAGAUAUAUUUCGAAGAAUGUCACAAGUUCUUGCCCUUAUUUGAUCCCACACAUGACACUUACGAGGAGCUUCGCAAAAGGUCACCGUUCUGUGUCACUGUUAUUUGCAUGGUAGCGGCUAGAGUGAUGGAUGGAGGUAACGCACCUACGCAACUCUAUCUCGAUUGCCAAAGAGAGGCGAGGGAGAUAGCGAAAAACUCAAUGUUUUUGCAAAUGACGAGGAAGGAAGCUGUGCAAGCAUUGCUUUUGUUUUCUGCAUUUCAGGACAACUCUUGGCUAGUUGGAGGACAUGCUGUCAGAGUAGCGUAUGAGGUUGGACUAGAUAAGGCAAUCUCCAAGCUGCUUAGACGUUUGAAGAAAACACCAAGCACAAACUCACCAGCGGAUGAUUAUGAGCGGCAGAUAGUUGCUGCAGUAAGGAUAUGGAUCUGUCUGUAUAUACACGAGCAGCAGCUUAGCUUCGGUACUGGUCGAACAGCUUUUUUGAGAGAUGAUCGGGGUACACUUAGCCAUUCACGAAUAUUACUUGACCACCCACUGGCUACACCGACUGAUUUUCGUCUUGUGAGCACAGUGGAGCUCUUGCAGAUUAGGGAAAAAGUACACACGGAGCUGCAGCCGUUUGAUGCACGCGUCGAUGAGCAUACCUUUGCGACGCUAAGAUCGGCGACUGUAGAGUUUGACGGAUGGUUCAACGAUUGGAAGGAACACAUACAAAACAAAUUCCCAGAUCAACAAUUUUUCAUACAGAGUUUGUACGUGCAACGUCAAUACGCUGAGCUGUUCCACCACGCUGUUGCACUGCGGGGCAUAAAAGGACCUUCGGAUAUAGUCACUAUGCCAAUGGAGCAGCGAUCGAUAGCACACCGAGCGAUGGGCGCAGCGCAACACUGCCUUGAUGCUUGCAUCAAACCUGGAGAAUACGGGCAUAAUUUGAAAUACGCAGUGCAUUACACUCACGUAUGUGCCGCAUUUGCUGGAUCAUUCCUGCUCCGUCUCGCCAAAUUGUUCCCUGAAGAUUUGCAGUUGGAUAGUAUACUGGAACGUGUGGAGAUAUUGGCAGAGUUGUUGUCUAGAACCCCGGCCAGUCGGUACGGGCGCAGUCUCAGACUGAUGCUGAACAGAAGUAUGCGACAAGCAACGCCAUCGGAGCUAGGUAGAGGAGGUAGCUUACCAGCAGGGGUGGGAAUAAGGACAGGGAUGAGUGGCAGUGGAGGUGAUAUUGGUGGUGGUAGUGGUGGUGCAAAUCUUAAUGGACAUAACAAUGGCAAUAGCAAUACCAACAAUAUACCAAUGAGCAAUGGGAUGAUGCUCGAUACGGGCCAUAUGGAACAACCGUGGAACUUGAUGGAAGGCACACAACAACAGCAAGAAGGAUGGUCGCCGGUGAUGCUCAACGGGCUGGGUAUAGAGACAUCGACGUCGACGCCAAACUCGCAGUCGACACUUGUGAGUGGGGAGAAUGGAUUAGGAGGGGGAAUUGGAACGGAGUUGCCGUUGUGGCUCCAGGAGACAAACCUCGGGGAUCUUGGAUUAACAAACACAGGCACGGAAGCGUAUUUCUUGCCAUCGGAGGAUUUAAGUAAUUUCACGUUGCUGUAG